AGACAACUCAAUUACCAAAGAGAAUCCAGAAUAUUAUAUAUAUUAGUAACGAAAUCGCCAGGGACUUCCAUAGUCCAACUGUUUAAAUAAAAUUAUUAAUGAUUAUUUGCAUUUCAAAGUGAAUAUAAAUUACUUUCAAUAACUAUUCGUCACAGCUAUUUAAAUAUAUGCUAAAGAUAAACAAUUUGGCUUAUCUUUUAGUAACUAACUAAUAAGAUAAUUAAUUUAAAUAAAAUAAUUUCAAAUCCAAUUCAAAAAUAAUAAAGUGAUAAUAAAAUUAGUUGGAUUUAAGUGACAAUAGCGUUAAGAACUAAAAACCGAACGUUGAAGAAUAUUUCUUAAUAAUGGAUUUGGAAGGAAAGAAUGUAGUUUAUGUAGCCGAUUGUGGAGGCCUGGCUUUUGAGACCUGCAAAGUAUUGGUAUCACGCAAUAUAGCGAAACUCGCCAUUCUACAUAGUGUGGAUAAUCCACAGGCCAUAGCCAAACUCCAGGCUUUAAAUCCUCGUACACAAAUUUUCUUUUGGAAAUUUUCUUUUACCAUGAGCCGUUCGGAAAUGAAACGUUAUUUUGAUGAUGUUAUAACACAAAUUGAUUGUAUAGAUGUUUUGAUCAAUGGCAGCACUUUGUGUAAGGAACAAGAUGUUGAUGCCUCAAUUAAUGUGAACCUAACUGCACCCAUCAAUAUUGUCAGUAUUGUUAUGCCUUUUAUGGACAAGAGUAAAGAUGGUGGUCGAGGUGGUAUGAUUGUGAAUAUUAAUUCAGUGACUGGAUUGGAUCCUUCGCCCGUAUUUUGUGUUUAUAGUGCAGCCAAGUUUGGUUUGUUGGGCUUUACCAGGAGUUUAGCGCACCCAAUUUAUUACGAUAAAACUGGUGUUGCGGUAUUGGGCAUUUGUUGUGGUCCCACAAAAACUUUUGUACGUCAUACAAUGAAGGCAUUUCUUGAAUAUGGACAAGAGUAUGUGGAUAAAUUAAAAGGGGCACCAUGUCAAGAAACCGCAGUGUGUGCACGCAAUAUAGUACGAGCCAUAGAAAUGGGUUCAAAUGGACAAAUAUGGAUAGCUGACAAUGAACGUUUGGACAUUGUGAAACCACAACUCUAUUGGAAAAUGUCAAAUGAAUUGUUGGAGUAUAUGGCACGUUAAAGGAAAACAAAAGAAAACAUCUUAUAGUUGUUUGCAAAAAAAAAAACUUUAUUAUGAGUUCUUUUUUAGCAAAAGGGUCAAUAAACUUUUUGCUUAAGAACAAAAAAAGAAAUAUUAUUUUGCUUUGUAGUCGUAUUGUGUUUUUCUAUUUUUCAUUUUUUUGUGUAAUAUUUUGCGGCCAACAUGGUUUACAAGCAGAUUUGUUGUUUUUAUAAAAUUUUUUACACACUUUGGUUUUGUAAACUAUUACGGAAUUCCCCUGAAAAAAUGUUUUGCUGCAAGAACCACAAAAAUAAGCAAAUCAUUUAAAAUAAACUUUUGGCAUACAUU